CCUCAGCUGUCCUGAAAUCACACUAACCCUCGCGGCCUCUCUCGGGUUUAUUAUUGCCUCAGCCCGGAGCGCGCGCACCGCGCAAAAGUCCACUUCGGUUUUUCCGCGAAGCUCCAAAAAUCUAUGAAAUGUGUUUGCAUGUUCCUCUCUGCAAGCGGGGAUGUAGAGGUGGGAUUGCAAGGACCGAGAAAGCUGGGGGAACCCACGCGUUCAGCCUCAGAGAAAGUACGCUUUUCCCAAAUAACUGACGGUGAAUAUUUUUUUUCUUUUCACAUUUGUCAUUAACAGACAGCCACUCUGUAGGAUUGUGUUCUCGGAGAAUAAGCUUUUUUUUCUGCCCUUUUCUUUUUUUUGUCACCAUUCUGCACGGCAGGCUGAGAGACGGACCGCUCGGACUGUGGGAGCCCUCCCCUCUGCUCGGAUCUGCUUUGUUUCCAGAUGGCCCAUGGAAGAACGUGGAUGAGGGCUGAUCUGUAGUGCGGGCAGAAGGCUCCGGGGCCCGCCUGUUGUCGGCUGGCUGAUUGGUCCAUCGAGGUGAGGCACUUCUCUCACCGGGGCACAGAACGGACCGAGACAAGGUCUUUGCUCCCCUUCCUCGCUCACCCCUGCCCCCUUUCCACCCUCACCCCCAACCCAGGCACGUACGCUCUGGACCAUGUCUAGCGGGCUGUCGGAGGGGGGCCGGACAGAGGACCAGGAGCGGAGUAGCUGCAAACAGGACUCUCCUGUUAUAGAGCGCAGAAACCGCAGUGGCAUCAUCAGUGAGCCCCUCAGUAAGAGCCUUAAGAAGUCCCGUACCCUCUCCCAGUACACAGCAGUCCCCUCCGUCACCACCAAUGGACACACGGACAAUAGUGAGACUAAAAGCCACUCGGCCAAGCCUCAGCCACCCCCGCAGCCCCAGCCCACUGUCUCCGCACUGACAGCAGCCAAGUUGGACCGGACCCUAGAACAGGUUCUGGAGGGACAGAAUGGCCUGCUGCACUUUGCCCAGGCAGCAGCACUGUUAAAGCGGGCCGGUAUGGAGCACAUGCUUCUGCCUGGGGGCAUGGGAGUGGGAGUUGGCGGUGGAGACGCAGGCUCGGGGGCUAGCGACUUGGAGGGUACGUCUGUCACGGACGCCGUAGGUGGUCCUGUUGACUUCCCAUAUGGAGUAGGGGGUGGUUUCCCCUUCAACCCGGGGCUUUUCAUCAUGACGCCGGCUGGAGUGUUUCUGGCGGACAGCGCGCUACACAUGGCCGGCCUGGCUGAGUACCCGGCGCAGAGCGAGCUGGCCUCUGCGAUCAACUCCGGUAAAAAGAAGCGAAAACGUUGCGGCAUGUGCCCACCUUGCCGACGGCGGAUUAACUGCGAGCAAUGCAGCAGCUGCCGAAAUCGCAAAACAGGCCACCAGAUCUGCAAGUUUCGCAAAUGUGAGGAACUGAAGAAGAAGCCCUCUGCUGCUCUGGAGGUGAUGCUUCCUACAGGAGCGGCGUUCCGGUGGUUCCAGUAGGACUCCUCCUCCACUCCCUACCCAAAGCUCUGCCAUCAAGUGCAAUGCCAACUCCUGGAUUGUCUCCGGAACAGACACUGGCUAAUAAACAAACAAGCAACAAAUAAAAUUAUAGAAAAAAAAGCAACAAAAAAAACAAAGCAGAAAAAAAAAAAA